CAACAGGCUGAGCACCCGUGUGUUGCUUCCUAAGUCAUGGCCGAGUUUAAGGUCACCCUGGAGAAUGUCAUGAACUGGACCUUCAACUACAACCUCACCGACAGCGAAGGGAACUACUCCUAUGGCGACUAUCUGUGUCCUCAUGCGGAAGGCAACCCCAGGCAGCCUUUCCAGAGUGUCCUGGUGCCCUUCAUCCACCUGCUCAUCUUCCUGCUUGGAGGUCUGGGCAACCUUCUGGUGGUGGUCAUCCUGUGGCGCUACAGACGCUCCCGUACUUCCACAGAGCUCUUCCUUCUCCACUUUGCCCUGGCCAAUCUGCUACUGCUGCUCACCUUCCCCUUUGGCGUGGCAGAGAGCCUGGUGGGCUGGGUCUUUGGCCUCUUCUUCUGCAAGUUGCUGAGUGCUGCCAACGGGAUGAGCUUCUACAGCAGCAGCCUACUGCUCAGCUGCAUCAGCGUGGACCGUUACCUGGCCGUGGUCUGCGCCCUGCAGACCUUCCAGAGGCAGCGUGGCCUCUCCAUCCACCUGACCUGCCUGGGCAUCUGGCUGGUCUCCUUUCUGCUGGCCAUGCCCGACUUGCUGUUCACAGACGUCUGAGUCCAAAGCAACCUGAGUGUCUGCCACUUCAGGGAGUAUGGCACGCAUGGCAUCAACUCCUGGCUGGCCAAGCGCUUCCUCUACCACCUGGUGGGUUUCUUCCUGCCCUUGGGGGUCAUGUGCUAUUGCUACACAGCCAUCGUGAGACUCCUCUGCCAGUCUCAGCGGCUGCAGCGGCAAAAGGCCGUGAAGGUAGCCAUUGCGGUCACGAGUGUCUUCCUGCUCUGCUGGACCCCUUACAAUGUGGUCAUUUUCUGGGACACACUCACCAAGCUGGAGGUCACAGGGAAGUCCUGUACGGUUGACCAGGGGCUGAGCAGUGCCAUUGUUGUGAGCGAGGUGCUUGCCUACAGCCACUGCUGCCUGAAUCCCAUCCUCUACGCCUUUGUGGGCAUCCGGUUCCGCCAUGACUUUUGUCGAAUCCUGCAUGAUGUGGGCUGUCUGAGUCAGGGGACCCUGCAGGAGAUUCUGGGCAGCCGCAGAAUUGAGAGCAGUACGGAGACUAACCUCUCCAGUGUUCGGCACGGGGCCUCCUCCUACUCUGGAAAUGCCACGACUUCCAGUCUGCCAGAUCGGUUCAUUUUUCACAAGGAUCCAAAUGGCCAAGAGUGUCAGGAGGAAUGCUCAGAUCCGACUUGGGCCCAAAACAGAGCCUAAGCCAGGGGUGAAAUGCUCCCGGUUCGGACUGGAUUGCCCGAUCCGGUAGUGAUGGCAGCGGGUGGUUCGGAGAACCAGUAGCAAAAAUCCCUGCCUCCCCCCCCCCGCCCCAUGCCCAGCUGAGCUGCACGAUCAUCAGAGGUUUUUGGGUUUUUUUUACUUUUAAAAGCAUUUUUUUUUUGGCUGAAAAAAUGCUUUUAAAAGUUAAAAAAAACCCUCUGAUGAUCACGCGGCUCAGCUGGGAUUGU